AUACGGGACGCCCAUAGGCAACGAUUGAUAGUUUAGUUUUUAUAACGCUGAAGUGCAGUUUGUUGGAAAUCACUUUUAUUUUUCCUCGGUUUUAUUCGUUUCUUCGUUAUUUCUCGAACCAUGAGGAUGAUCCACACGACAGCCUUUUCGCUGACCUUGGCAGUGACCUUUGCUGUCUGCGCCGCGGGGGUGACCGUCGAUAAAAAAGCUCUGAAAUUUUCAAACGAUCAUGAGCCACAGAUUUUGAAAAAACACGGCAAAAGAGGCGCUACUCCGGCCAAUUCGCUGGAAUUGGCCUACGGUCUACCUAAUGCGCAUUAUAAUAACCCACCGAUUUACGGACCACCCCCCGAAUCGCCGUCACCUCUCUACGAGAACCAUCAUCAUCAUCAUCACAAUUUUGCCGCCGCCGCCGCACCUCCGGCGCCUCUCUACAAUCCGCCGGUGGCCGCCGUCCUCGAGAAUCCCGCCGGACACCAAAUUCCGCACACGGAUUUAAUUCUGCAACCCGCGGCUCCCGUUGUGCAGAUUCCCCAACCUCUCGGACACCCGGCCCCCUACCCCGUCGGAGUCCCGGUCGUCCAGACGGUCACCAAACACGUCGGCGUUCCCGUUCCCGUUCCCGUUCACGUAGCGGUGCCCGUUCCCCGUCCCUAUCCCGUCCAGGUCGAGAGGAUAGUCCACGUUCCCGUAUCCGUUCCCAGACCCUAUCCCGUCGACAGGUACGUCCACGUGGACAGGCCCUAUCCCGUCGACAGGUACGUCCACGUGGACAGGCCCUAUCCCGUCCACGUCGCGGUCCCGGUCCACGUGCCGAAACCUUAUCCCGUACCCGUCGCCAUCCACAAGACACAGUGGAAACCUGCGAAAUACGGAUGGUAAUUUAUAUUAUGGAGCUGAUUGGAAGAAGAGACGAUCUGCAUAUAUUCGAUAACCGGAGUAAAUUGCGGAUUAGAGGGAUAAUCCGUAUGGUUAUGUUUUGUUCCCGUGGGACGAUGCAGAUGACAAUUGAUACGAGUUUUUGAGAGUACAUAAGUGCCACUGAUUUUUUUAACUUAGAUUGAUAUGGAAAUUAGUUUGAUCGACGCGAUAAUUAGAGGGGGAUGUAUACAGCUCGUAUUCGAUUUCAAUAUAACUGCGCGUCAUCGACGAGCAAUUCAACUUUUUUAAAGCAAUUUCAGUCCAAUCUUAAAAUUAGCGAAAAGUAAAACUCAAUAUUUCAAUAAUCGCGGACUCUCGCGACAACUGUAUAUCUAAUUAUUGUGGUUUAUAUCGUUCGAUCCGACUGAAAUAUU